AUGGAGAAAGCGACACAAAUGAAUCAAGCCGAGCGCGACGCUCUCGACCUGGCCGCUCUCGGUCAUGAACAAGUCCUCUCUCGCAAGUUCAGCAUGCUGAGCAUGCUAUCCCUCGCCUUCUGUAUCCUAGGUACAUGGGCUGUAUGCGCACAGAGUCUCGCGACAGGUAUCCAGAAUGGCGGACCUGUGACUUGCUUAUGGGGUCUUGUCCUGGUUUGUCUCUGUAACCUCGCCAUCGCCAUGUCGCUUGGUGAAAUGUGCUCUGCUAUGCCGACGGCGCUGGGACAGGCAUUCUGGACUGCGAAACUAUGGAGGACUGCGACGGGGAGAUUUAUGAGUUACAUGACGGCUUUCAUCAGCACCUUUGGAUGGUGGUGUCUUUCUGCUUCGCAGAUUGCUUUCAUGGCGGAGUUUGUUUUGUCGAUGAAACUCAUGUUCGACCCCGAGUGGACAGGAGGCAGCAAAGGCUGGGUAUUGUUCCUCGUGUAUACUGCAAUCAAUAUCCUGUUUACCUUUGUCAACUAUGUCGGCUGCCGCUCCGAGAAGUUCCUACCAUACUUCAACAACUUCGUCGCUGUUGGCUUCGUCGGCCUCUUCGCCACUUUCUGUCUCCUCCUGCCUAUCCUCGUUGGAACGAAGUCAGACCUCGAUUAUCAACCGGCUAGAUUCGUCUUUGGAUCGUGGAUCAACCAGACAGGAUGGUCAGAUGGCGUCGUUUGGUUCCUUGGACUUGUACAGGCUGCUUAUGGCUUGACAGCCUAUGACUCUGUCAUCCAUAUGGUGGAAGAGAUCCCAGCUCCUCGGCGAAAUGGACCCAGAACAAUGGUGAUGGCUAUUGUCAUGGGUGCUAUCUCGGGCUUCAUUUUCCUGGUUGCUACUUUGUUCUGCAUCCAGGAUCUCGACACCACUCUGGAUCCUCCCUCUGGCUUCCCAUUCAUUGAAGUGGUCCAGAACAUUGUGGGACUCAAAGGAGCAGCUGCGUUGAUUGCUUUGUUCAUCUUCAACGGUUUUGGUCAGGGUAUCUCGAUUAUGACAUCGUCCUCAAGACUUACCUGGAGUUUUGCCCGUGAUGGAGGUCUUCCAUUUGGAGAUUAUUUCUCUUACGUUGAUCCGUACUGGGAGGUCCCUGCUCGCUCGUUGAUCCUCCAAGGAGUAAUCAUUAAUCUUGUCGGACUCUUGUACCUCUUCUCUAGCACCACGCUCGAUGCUAUUUUGAGCGUUAGCACCAUCGCCCUCACAAUAUCUUACGCAAUUCCUAUCGCUGUCUUAAUGAUCGUCGGUCGAGACAAGCUGCCUUCAGGAGGAGAGUUUGGGCUGGGCAGAUUUGGACCAGCAUUAAACACAGUUUCCAUCAUUUAUACUGUCAUUACCACUGUGUUCUUCUUCUUUCCUGGUUCACCAAACCCAGCUAUUGCGGAUAUGAACUUUGCCAUCGCUGUGUUUGGAAUUUUACUUAUCAUCUCAUUGGGUUUCUGGUUUGUCAAGGGAAGCAAGUCUUUUUUGAGGAUUGAAGAUGUCUCUGAUGAUAUCCUGUAUGGUCAAGGGGAGGACGAACAGUCAGGAGCGAUUGAUGUACCAGCGAAGCAAUGA